AUGAGUGCGUAUUUAACUAAUUUAUCCUACGAUGGGGCCAUCUUCGAGAUGGGACCAGGCCUCAAAGAAGUGUGCUUAGACGAUCUACAGAUCACCGAGCAAUGGACGGACCGUCCCGCGAGUGCUUGGGCUGUUCAAAGAAUCGGUGUUCUACUAUCAAAAAUAGAGUCAUACACAGGCAAAAUAUAUCACCGUAAUCGUUAUGGAAAACACUCUUUGGCAAAACUGAUUCCUGCCCAUGUUCUCAUACAAUAUGCAAACGAAGCACUAGGUUUUGAUGGUUGGUCGCUAGAAGUCUUGGAAAUUCAUGCUGAAAACUGCAGGUCAGUUCCUUCUAAAGAUCCAUCGUCUGAGUCACUUAAUGAACGCUAUGAAGUGCUUUCAGAAGCUAAGGUUAGAUUAAAGCUCAAAGAUGGUACAAACACAGAGUCAUCGGGUGUCGGAUCAACUACAGCGGCUACAAAGGGAGACAGCUUCAGCAAAUCUAAGAAGUUGGCCAUCAACGAUGCCUUCAAAAAAUGCUUUUUACGGCUAGAAAGCAUAAUACUCGAGCAUGAGCGCCGCGUUUCGACGAAUUAUUACGUAGAUGGGCUCUACGGCUCUAAUUCCAAAAAAUAUUGA